AUGAAAUGUUCCAAUUCUUUGGAUACAAAUAAUAAUCAAUCAUCAUUGGAUGUAGAAACCAUGAAUCAAACAGCACCACAAAUUAUAAAUGUAUUGACCGAUAAUGGUUGUAAUCAAGAAUCAAAUCAAUUUGAUUUUGAUUCAAUUAAUUCAACAAUCUGCAAUUCCAGAACAACUACUAUUGCAGAAGAACGUGAAAAAAAUUCUACUAAUGAAGAACCGGUUGUGGCUGGUGUUAAUGUUAAUUUAGUCAAUGUUGAACAUCAGCCAACAGUAACAACGGCAAAUGAUAAUGAUGAAAUGAUGGACAAACCACAACAUCGUACCAUACUAAGAUUGAAUUCAAAUUCACAUCAAUCAAAAUUUGGUUUCAUACAUUCAUUACGUUAUCAAUUGGAAAAGAAACGAAAUAAAUCUCGUAUGGAAAGACUACGUAAAGAACAGGAGAAAUUUCAAUUGAAACAAAGUACAUUAUCAUUAUCAACAUUGAUUGAAGAUCAAGAACUUACAACCACAACCACAACGACAACGACAACUACUAAACCAUCAUCAUCGAUUAAUGCCAAAACAAUGGUCACAUUAGCCAAUACAUCGACAAUAGAAAUUAAAUCAUCAACUAAUAAUCAAACCGGAAUGAUUAUGAACCAAUCGAAUGAUCAAAAUAAAAAUAGUAAAACUGGAACAUUGCGUCGAUUAUUUUCAUUAUCAUCAACCACUAAAGAUAUGGAUGAUGAACAAAUGAGGCGAAAAAAAUUAUCAAAAGACAAGAAAAACAAGAAUAAAAUAAUUGAUGAAAGUUUAAAAUUGCAAAAUAUUAAACAUAAAAAUAAGAAAUUUUCAUCAUCAUCAACAAAUAUAUCGGAUAUAUCGGAACCAUAUCCAUUUGGUAUUGAAUCGAUUCUAUUACAACGAUCAUCAUUGAAAAAUGAUUCAGAAAAAAUGAAAAAUCAACAACAACAAAAAGAUUAUUACAAUAAUCGUCACCAUCAGCAAUAUCGGAUGCCAAUGAUAAAACGUUCAUCAAGUGAAAGAAAUUUUCGUUCAAUUAUUCGAUUAAAUGAAUCAUUAAAUCAACAAAAUGAUAACAUUUCGAUUAUUGUUGAGAAUGAUGAUGAUGAUGGCUAUAUGAUAAAUGUUACCAAUAAUAGAAAGAAGAAUAAAUCAUACAAUCAUCAUCAUCGUCGUCAUAUUGAUGGUAAUAAUGGUGAAUCAACAAGAUUUGGUAGUCAAAUAAAUUUAUCAACAUCAUCAUUAUCGAAUAUAUCAUGUUCAUCACAAUUGGGUGUUUCACGUAUGCGAUUACUGGAUAGUAGAUGUCGACAAAAUCAACAACAACAAAAAAAAUUAAAAAUGAAAAAAUCAUCGCCAAUAAAUGAUGGUUCAUCGAAUACAUCAUUAUCGACAACAACAUCGACAUCAUCAUCAUUAUUACGGCAGCCAGUUGUUACAUUUACAUUGCCAAAGAAUUUUAAAUCACAGCAAAAAUAUUCAUUCAAUAAUAAUGGACAACAGCCACGAAUAAUGAAUUUUGAAUAUGAUGAACGUUAUUUUCGUAUUCAUGGUGAUCAUGGAAAUUUUCUUACUACCGAUGAUGAUAAUGAUGAUACGGAUUAUACGGAUUCUGACAAUGUUCACAAAUGGAGAUGUUGGGAAACAACUGUUGAAAUGAUAACGGCAUUGGAGAAUCUACCACAAAUGCUUCAUUGA